AGCUACACAAUAUAAAACAGGAUGUGACGAAAUUAAUAAUAUCAUUUUCCUAGAAAAUACCAAAAACGUUCAAGUGAUUAAAAGUAAGCUCAUGUAUAUUAUGUAAACAGAUAUUCAAACAGCUACAUCCUGAUUCGCUUCUGUGUUCAUUUAUCUUUUUCACGUUAAAGGCGUUCGCUUGGUGUGUGAGGUAGAUUGACGAGGAGCCACAUUGGUGUUAACAGCCUUUUAUUUACAGACAGCCAUGAUGCCAAGAGAGAGGAAGGAAGUGGCCAGAGACAACUAUAUAUAGAUAACAACAUACAGCCAUGAUGCCAAGAGAGAGGAAGGAAGUGGCCAGAGACAACUAUAUAUAGAUAACAACAUCACAAAAAUAGCCUCAAGGAUAUUACAUCGCCACGGUGUUUAUCAGAUAAUUUGGCCAUUAAAAAAGAGGAUUGCUCUAUUCUUGCAUAUAUUAGAAAAGCUGAACUAGACAAAAUGAACAAAACAAAAACAUCCAUCUUGAUUGAAUCGAUGCUAAAAGAAUACGGUGAAAUAAUAGAGGAGGAUUUCUUUAAUGUUGCAGGUAACAGCAAAGCUGAGCUAGGCAAUUUGAAUGAAAAAUCACCCUAUAGCCCAGAAGAAAUUGUGAAAAGAGCUAGAUCCAGAAUUGGUUCAUAUGUGUACAAUGUUUUAAAAUACAACUCCGAACAUUUCGUAAUGGAAGUAAAGUACAAUGAGGCGAAUAGCAAACAGGCUAAAAAAUGGUUAAAGAAACUGGGAGAUCCGUGGACCAAUUAGCUACGAAGAAGCAAAGUUAAUAUAUGUGUUUUUUAAUAUUGUGUAUAUUAUAUAAUUAAACUUACUACUGAAACUUGACAAAUUCGUCGA